UAUUCUAUUGUAACCUUAAUCUACAGUAUGAUACGAGCUUUAGUUAGAUAUGACGUAAAGAAAACGCGUGCGUAAAGUAACGCGUACGCAACGUACGUAAUACGCAGCCCACGAUAUUCGGAAGUCGCGAUUGACAGGGAUACGACAGGGACGCAGAGAGACGCAGUGAUGUCGCCGCCACACGCGUACAUGAUGCACGUUGGUGGUAGUAUAGGAACGUGUGGUGGCGACGUAGUAGUGACCCGUGCGUCGGUGGUGCGCGCGGUGGUUGAGAUAAGCAGCGCGGGGGACUGAACGAAGUGCCACAAGACCGGAGAUCUCGCGCCGCGCCGUUCGGCUCUCGCGUUCGUUUACGCCCGCUCGCUCCGUUUCAUUCCGUCGGCACACGGCAGUCCGCCACGGGACACGGUCGACCGAUUGUAGGAUCUGUCUCUCCCGCCUGAUGUGACGGAGGCUCGCGAUGCUCAAGAAUCACACAGCGAUCACCCAGGCGCUCCUCGGAACCCUGCUCACGUGGGCCCUCACCGCGGCCGGUGCCGCGCUCGUAGUCAUCAUUCGGGGAAAACAACGCAAGCUCCUCGAUGUCAGCCUGGGGUUCGCCGCUGGCGUGAUGACGGCCGCGAGUUACUGGUCAUUGUUGGCACCGGCGAUCGAAAUGGCAGCCGAGAGCAAGAUGUAUGGAGCGGAGGGCGAGUACGCGUUCGUGCCGGUCGCAGUUGGGUUUCUCGUCGGCGCGGCGUUCGUAUACGGGACGGACGUGUUGAUAUCCACCCUCGGCCUUCAGUCCCCCAAUGUGCUUUUAGCUAUGCAAUCAGUCGGUACGAAACAAAGACGCAAGAUCAUUGCGAAACUAAAGAGUGACGAGGAUUUAGACGAUGAUUAUGAUCCGUUACUUAACAACGUACAAAUACCCGGCGGAAAAAUGUACGCUCGUGUCGAAUCGACCGCUAUCGAUGGCUUCUACGAACAGAAUAGUAGACGUCGACAAAUUCCCAAUAUAAACCGCUCAUCAGAAUCUGCAGAAAUUGGAACUGUUUACGAAGAUCCCAAUAACGAAGUGAAGAAUAACCAAUGGCGGAGGAUAUUACUGCUAAUUGUUGCAAUUACGGUCCACAAUAUUCCUGAGGGUCUUGCGGUUGGUGUAGGCUUCGGAGCAAUAGGUAGUAGUGCAUCAGCUACUUUUGAAAACGCAAGAAAUCUCGCGAUCGGGAUUGGGAUACAAAACUUCCCUGAAGGAUUAGCGGUGGCUUUGCCCCUUCAAGCUGCCGGGAUUAGCACGUUGAAGAGCUUCUGGUAUGGCCAGCUCUCGGGGAUGGUGGAGCCUAUUGCUGGUGUCCUCGGCGCAGCUGGAGUGACGCUCGCUGCACCUGCACUACCUUAUGCACUUGCCUUCGCGGCCGGUGCGAUGAUCUACGUUGUGAUCGACGACAUUAUCCCGGAAGCGCAUCAAAGCGGAAACGGCAAACUCGCCAGCUGGGCCGCCAUCGUCGGUUUCUUGGUGAUGAUGUCCUUAGACGUUGGCCUAGGUUAAGGACAUCGUCCCCAAAGUAGUCACGGCGCGUUCACAUUCUUGUAAAUGUGCAUUCAAAUCAUGUGGUAAUGGUAACAAGUGUUCACAGUUUAUAACGACGUCUCCUUAAUUCGCAGCAUUCACCGAAUAGUAAUGCGUUUUCUCGCAAAGAAGUCAAAAAGUGAUGCUAGCGAAUAUUUUCCAGUGUUUUCGUCCGCCGUUGCGUACGAUACUUUUAUCCUUAAAGACUCAGGAGAAUCGAAGAGUAGCGAAAUAAGAAAUGUUUCCAAUUAGGUUUGAGAUGUGCUGUCGUGAUUCCUGAUAGUCAUCGAACGAAACAGAGGUAUAAAAAAUUAUACAU